UUCUUACAUUCUUUUUUUUUAUGGUAGGAACAUUAAAAAAAAAACAGAACUUAACCUCUAAGUCUUAGCAUUUCCACUAACUUCUUUCUCUCUGUCUUCUUUCAUAACCAAAAUAAAGAACUUUUACAACUUCUCUACAACACUCACUUUUCUCUCUCUCUAAUGGUGGAAGCAAAAAGCCCCAAGAAACCAACCCAAUUGGGUACUAAAGAAGAUCAAAACCCUACAAGAUUCUACUCUCGAUUCAUCUUCAAAGCUCUUAUCCUCACCGUGCUCUGCGCCGUCGUACCUGUCUUCCUUUCUCAGACGCCGGAGCUAGCUAACCAAACAAGACUCCUCGAGCUUCUCCACCUUGUUUUCGUCGGCAUAGCCGUCUCCUACGGCCUCUUCAGCCGCCGUAACUAUGACGGAGGAGGAGCCGGAGGAUCAAGCAAUAGUGAUCACAACAAAGCUGAUCAUCAUAACAACAACAAUUCACACUCUUAUGUUCCUAAGCUUCUUGAAGUAUCCUCUGUUUUUAACGUUGAUCACGAGAGUGAAUCUGAACCGUCCGAUGAUUCCUCCGGCGACCACCGUAAGUUUCAGGCAUGGAGGAACAAGUACCACAUGAAAAUCCCCGAGGUUGAGACUCGUUUCGUCGAUCGAGUUAGCUCAGAGAUCAGAGAGAAACCUCUGCUUUUACCUGUUCGGAGCUUGAACUAUUAUCCUGUUCCUGAUUCCUUCGGCGAUAAAUCCGGUCGAUGGGAUAAAGUGAGAUCCAAAAGACAGCUUUUGAAGACUCUUGGUGAUGAUAACAGUGAUGUGCUUCCUUCUCCGAUUCCAUGGAGGUCAAGAUCAUCAUCAUCAUCGUCAAAAGAGAUUGAAUCUCCACCGUCCAUUAAGAAUCUGACUACAGUUGAAUCACAGCCGUUGAUCAAGAAUCUGACACCAUCUUCUUCUUACUCCUCUCCAAGAAAGUCGAAUCCUAUACCUAAUCUCGCAUCUCAGUUUCAUCCAUCUCCGCCACCUCCUCCUCCGCCUCCACCGCCUCUACCGGCGUUUUAUAAUUCAUCGUCGAGAAAGGUUCAACCGGGAAUUUACAGAGUUGAGCGGAGGGAAUCAGUUCACAAGACUAAAUUUGAAGGCGGUGAGUUUCAUAAUCCUCCGCCGCCUCCGCCACCACCACCUCCGGUGGAGUAUUAUAAGUCACCUCCGACAAAAUUCAGAAUAAGUAGCGAACGGAGAAAGACGUCGGAGCAAAAGAUGAAAAGAAACUUUCCUAAAAAGGUGUGGUGGUCUGAUCCAAUCGUGGAAUCCAAGGAACAAGACACGGAGAAGAAUGAUCAAAGAAGUUACUUGGAAAGCAAGGAAGCUGAAGACUUCGAGAAAGAAGAACAGAGAAGAAGAGAAAAUGAAAUGCACGAGGAGGUUGAGAAGAAGAUAGUAGCGGAAGAAGGAGCUUGUGAGAGCAACAAUGUAAGUGACGUGGACAAAAAGGCAGAUGAGUUCAUUGCAAAGUUCAGAGAACAGAUUAGGUUACAAAGAAUCGAGUCUAUCAAGAGAUCUGCUGGUAAGAUCUCUGCAAACUCUUCGAGGUAGAACUUAUUAACUACUAUUAAUAAUAGGGAAGCCAAAAUACAUUUUCAGUUAAUGUUGGUAAUGUAUCAUAAGGUUGUAAUAUGAAGGGGAACAAAUAUUUUUGUUACAACAUUUUUAUUCAGCCUUGCAAAUAAAAGAUGGAAGAGAGGUGUAUGUGAAUGAAUGAUCCGAUGAGAUGAGGCUUGAUCUCUAUAUAGAGUCAGUCCGACACCAAGCUGCUUACAUAGGAAGACAUCAUUUUAAUCUGACACCAAGCUGCUUGCAUCUUCAGCAUCUCAUAGCAGUCUGAUUCAAACAACAUAGAAAAAGCUCUUUGAACAAGACACAUUUCAUACAAAAAAAAAGAACAAGACACAUUUCUCUUUGGAAGGUGAAAGUUCUAGACUUUAUCUAGUACUUGAGGAAGGAAGACCCAAUCUACUCGACGGCGUAAACAUGAAAAAUUUCGGGUUCUUUACCGGGAUUAUUGCUCGUCGCAUCCAUCCAGCCGGGGUGCAAAUCUCCGCUCAUGAAGUGCUUGUACGUUAGGACUUAGGAGAGUGUCCAUGGAGAACGGUCAACUCGACAAGAAAAUCUAGUUGAUGUUUGUGUCAAAACAUUUAUUUUUUGGGCUAAGUGGGUUUGGAUAAGAAGAAAUGGCCUAUUAGCCUAACAUCUAUGUUCAGUAAGGCUUAUAUUCGACCUAUACUCAUGUAUGACCGUAUAGUAACAUCCUCACUUGCAAGUUGUAAUGGUAACAAUUCACCAGU